CAAAAAAAUCUGUGAUUUUCGGUAGGAUUAAUGAAAAAUUGGUAGCUUUAGGGGGCUCAUCUGUGAGUCGGUAGGCAUAUCAAAAAUCGGUAGGAAUACAGAUAAAUCGGUAUUUCUGGUCACUCUGUUUACAUCUGCCAAACGCACAUGGCAAUGCCGAAAGUGUUUACCAUUUCGAUAAUUCUAAACUCCCCUGCAACACCAUGUCGUCGGCCGAUGAAUUUACCGCGAUCGAUCUAAAGUACAAGGAGUCGGACACCCACUGCCAUCAGCUGUUCGCGAAGGAAAAUGCCUCCAAAGCAACCUGCAAACAGAAACCGCCCGGACGUACGCUGUACGUCCUGAAUGUGCCACCGUACGCAACAGAGCAAGCGCUGCAGCAUGCAUUCUCCUCGGCGGGUGAAAUCGAGCGCGUGGUGCUGCAGGAAAAGCCUUCCAGCAAAGAGUCCGCCCCGAUCGAGCGGAUGGACAAGGAUGUGUUUUGCUUCAAGGUGGCGUACGUGGUGUUUGCAAAGCCUGGUGCGCUCCGAAAGCUGCUCAAAACGAAAUCUAUCAACGCGCUGCACACGGAAGAGAGGCCACUGCUCACCGGCGUGGACAAGUGGACCAAGGCGUACCACGAGCGCAUCCCGAACCCGGCCGCACUGCAGCAGGAAAUCGACCAGUACAUGGAAUCGUACGAUCGCAAGAUUGAGGAGCAGAAGGCCGCAGAGAGCAACAAUGCGGUCGAUGAGGACGGUUGGGUGACGGUGUCAAAGAAGAGUUCCAGCGUCUUUGCCCAAACGCAGGGCGUCGUAAAGAGGCUGGAGAAGAAGCUGUACGAGGGCCAGUCGGAAAAGGAGCUGAAAAAUUUCUACACCUUCCAGAUACGCGAAUCGAAGAAGAACGACGUUAUCAGCUUGCGGAAAAAGUACGACCGGGAUUUGAAGAAGAUGGAACAGAUCAAGAAAGCAAAGCGAUUCAAGCCGUACUAAAAGCUUGUCAGAAAAUAAAUCCACAGUCAUUGCUCGAUCUUA